GACAGUUGUGUCUGCAUGCCUCGUGACCGCGCGCGGCACACGCGCGCGUCCGCGGUCAGUUUUUUUACCCAUUUUAAGGACAGGGGAGUCGAGUAAAUAAUGUAGCCGAACCCAAACUUUGUUGUUCAAUGACCGUAAUUACGGGUCAAAGGCACAGAUAUAAAAGUGACUGGGGCGGUUUAGCUUCCAACCCAUAGUCAGUGCUGCAUUAUCUCGUGAGAAAUUCGGUCUAAUCUGCAGUAAUCUGCAGGUAACAAGUGCAUACCAUUACGACACGCAGCCUCUGAGGCGUCGUUGCGGCAGCCAUAGGCAUUCCUUGCCAGCAUGUGCUCGGUAAUAAGCAGAAUAAAACCCGUCCGGCGGCUCGUGGCUCUAGAGCGAAGCCUCAGUUCAAAAACAGAAGGCUGGAGUUACGCAGCAACCCAGAACAGGCUUCUCUGCCCCGGCGUGAAUUCUUUAGUUGAGACGCUACGCGUUAACGGAAGGUCGUACAGUACCACCAUGGCGAUGACCCCAGGACUUCUCUUCAGACAGCUUUUUGAGAAGGAGAGCUCCACUUACACCUACCUGCUCGCAGACAAAGACACCAAGGAAGCGGUCAUCAUUGACCCUGUUCUGGAGACCAUUGACAGGGACCUGAAGCUCGUUCAGGAACUGGGACUCAAACUUAUAGUGGCAGUGAACACUCAUUGCCAUGCCGACCACAUUACCAGCACUGGGCUGAUGAAGAAAAGACUGCCCGGACUGAAGAGUGCCAUAUCCAAAUUCAGUGGUGCCUCUGCUGACAUCCACCUGUUGGAGGGAGAUAAAAUCGCCUUUGGAAGACAUUGUCUGGUUGUGAGAGAAACCCCAGGACACACUGACGGGUGCACAACACUGGUGUCAGGGGAUGAGAGCAUGGCUUUCACUGGGGAUGCUCUGCUCAUUAGAGGCUGUGGCAGGACAGACUUCCAGCAGGGUUGUGCCACGAGGCUCUACGAUUCAGUCCAUCAGAAGAUCUUCACACUACCUGAGGAGUGCCUUAUCUACCCUGCACAUGACUAUUUAGGUCAGAUGGUUUCUACGGUUGGUGAGGAGCGCAAGCUUAACCCUCGAUUGACAAAGAGCAAAGAGGAGUUUGUGGAUAUCAUGAACAACCUCAAUCUCCCGAAACCGGCAAAAAUAGAUGUUUCAGUGCCUGCUAAUCUGGUUUGUGGGCUACAUGGAGUUUGACUGCAGUUUGAAAGAGGGCUUUCUUUGUAAAGUCAACUACUUAAAGGCAAAAUCAUUCACUUAAACAUGCCUGUUUAAGCAAGAUUAACAAAAAUUGCUUUCCAUAAAGUGCUUUAAUGUGUUUUAUAAAGGUAAAUGUGAAUAUCUGAUGAGCUGUUUUCAUUUGAUGUGCAUCUACUAAAAACAAAAUCAAAUCAUGUUUUUUUGAUUAAAAAGAAAUAGUAAUACGAAUUCUGUAUCCUAGAAAAACACUAGAUAUAUUUAUAUAUUUGUGUUGUUAAAUUACAAGUGAAUAACCACCUCUCUGAUUGCAUUAUUAUAAAAUGGAAGAUUCAGGGUGGCUUUUAUAAGAGGAGAAACUGUAGUAGGGAAGCUUUAUUUAAGGGUUUGGUUUAGGAUACACGACCACUUCAGUGGGACAGCUGACUGCUUCCACAUGGCCUCUUCAGGGAUUCUGGUUCUCUGUCUAGCCAAGGACACACACAGACACAACAACCACCCAGAGUCAUACCUGCCACGGCCUUUUGCAUAGCAGGAAAAUAUGUCUAAUUUGCAUUUAAAAUCAAUACAAACAAAUCUCCAUUGCAGUAACUGACAACAUAACACAAUGAUGUUUUAACUAGUUCUACAUGGCUGUCAUUUAUAUUGCUGGAUAUGAAAAAGGCCUGUGCUGAGUAGCACACCUGCUUCUAGAUUUCUUAAUGUUCUGAAUGUGCUGCUGUCAUCUUAUAGGUAGAACAGGUUUUUUUGGGGGGUGUGGAGUCAGACUCAGCCAAAUGAAUACAAACCUGACAUUGUAAGCUGGUUUGGGGGCCACUAUCAAAAUAAAUCUGUUUAACAAGUAAAACAAGCUCGUUUCUUCUGCUGUGAUU